AUGUGUUUGCUGUUUCAGGACUUACUUUACAUAUUGUCCCUUUGCUGUUAUUUGCAUAGAGAAGAGGAAAGGAGGAUUGUUUUCCAAACCAAAUUAAUUCACAGCCAUAAAGAGCAUGUUUCACCUCUGUCACUUUCCCCGUCACAUCCUUAUCAAUCUUUUACACACACAAGCACACAGAAAACAUAUCGCAUCUGAAGUUUUCAGUAAUGACUCUGGUAGAAAGAUGGAUGUAACAGGCUUGACAUAUCUCCUCAUCACUACACAGAUUUACAAUGUACUGUCUCCUAAUACUACAACCAGUCUAGGAUGCCAGCCGUGUCCCCCGGACCCAAAAGAGGUUCGAUGUCUUCCUGGUAACGUCACUGUACAGGUGAAGAACAACUCUCCAAACACUAAUACUUAUGUGAACAUGACCUGUUACACUAACCUGUCUACAAACAUGAUCGACGGCUUUGAGUGGGUGAAGAACCAGCAGAAAAUACCUAACAAUCAGAGCUUUUUAGUUCAGAACAUCACACAGAAGACGAAUUUCACUUGUACUGUUCUGGGUCCGUGUGGAAACUUCAGCUCUUCAAUUUUUGAAAUAGGAAACAAUGUACUGUCUGCUAAUACUACAACCAGUCUAGGAUGCCAGCCGUGUCCCCCGGACCCAAAAGAGGUUCGAUGUCUUCCUGGUAACGUCACUGUACAGGUGAAGAACAACUCAUAUCGCCUCAUCAGUAAACAGAUUUACAAUGUACUGUCUCCUAAUACUACAACCAGUCUAGGAUGCCAGCCGUGUCCCCCGGACCCAAAAGAGGUUCAAUGUCUUCCUGGUAACGUCACUGUACAGGUGAAGAACAACUCUCCAAACACUAAUACUUAUGUGAACAUGACCUGUUACACUAACCUGUCUACAAACAUGAUCGACGGCUUUGAGUGGGUGAAGAACCAGCAGAAAAUACCUGACAAUCAGAGCUUUUUAGUUCAGAAAAUCACACAGAAGACGAAUUUCACUUGUACUGUUCUGACUCCGUGUGGAAACUUCAGCUCUUCAAUUUUUGAAAUAGGAAGCCAUGGACAUCAAGUCCUUAUCGUUCUGUUGAUCUGUGGAGUAGGAGCUGUUUUCAUCAUCCUUACAUUUGGUAUCAGCAUGAAGAUUAUGCUAAAGAGAGGAGAAGUUCAAAGGCAGGCCAGGAGGCAACAGAGACAAGUGAUGCAGAGCAAUGAAAGUACUGCUACCACCAUAAGCUACUGGUGACGGAGCUAGUGUUCAGAUGUGUUCAGAUGUAGUGUUCUGAACUAGUGUUCAGAUGUAGUUAUUUAAUUUGUUACACAGUUUGUGAAGCCAAAAUUAGUUUAUCGUUUGUUUUUUUCUUGAAAAAAUGUUAAGGAUUUAAUGAUAUUUUGAAAAUUGUAAAUAAUGGGUUUAAUAAAUAAAUAUAUCAAAGAUCUUUGUUACAUUUGAGAUCAAAACAUGAAUAUGAGACGACUAAUCAGAAUUUCCGCUUUAUUUGUAUAAUAUUCCCAUCUAAACGAAAAAAAAAAAAAAUGAACACAGAUCUUUUGUCUUUUGAUCUCAAACUGAAACGUCCUCAGUGUAGCACAAAACAAGAAAUAAAUAUAUAAAUGUGUGUGUGUGUGUGUGUGUGUGUGUGUGUGUGUGUGUGUGUGUGUGUGUGUGUGUGUGUGUGUGGGGUGUGGGUGGGUGUG